AUGAGCCCCACUGCCGGUGCUUGUAACGCUGCUAAUGCUGCAACAGCUGCAGCAGGUUCGGCAGCAAGUUCGGCAGCAGGUUCGGCGGCCGAUGGAAGAGCGCUGGAUGAUGUGUACUCAUGGGUGGGCAUAAUCAUGUACCUGCCUUCCAAUGACCCUGACCAACGGGCAGCCAUCACCAAACAUUUCCUCGACUACAAGUUUUUGACUGCCCGAAGGCUGUGGGACAAAUACGGAGCACAUGAGCAUUGGGCAAAGAUUGAGAUCCCCGCUGAUCCUGCCACUCGUGAGUGGCUGGUGUCACGCGUUGCUCGCGAUUUCCCCGUGGCCAAGUUGAAUGAGUAUCGCCGGAAGCUGGAUCCCAAGAACGUGCUAGCCAAUGACAUGCUUGAUGUGCUGUUCCCUCGUUAA